AUGCCACCGCCUAUGACGCCGGAGAAGAGCUGUUCCUCGGAACAUGCUACAGUAGAGGAGUCGGGUUUAUCCAUAAACAUCGGUUCAUUCGAACAGCUUGCAACCCGAAUCGUACGCUUACGAUUGAAGACAACUGGAUCAAUACCGGCCUUGAAAACUGUCGUCGUUUACGCGCUGACAUCAAACCAUGACGAAGAAGAAAUCGAAGCAUUCAAUUUAGACUGGGAGAAGUUCUAA